UCUGGGGAUGCAAUUGGGCCCUUUCGUCUCGGAUCCACUAAACCCUAGAGCUGUAGAGCUGUUGCGGCUCUUCUGUCUCUGUUUCCAUCCUCAACUUGCCUCCCGUAAGAACCCGGACACCGUCGCCAGCGCACAUCUUGGACCUCGCCGCAGUCGGUUUGUCCCAUCAUCGUCGAUGUAUGCAGAAGUAACUUUUCGAAGUCUACAAUGGAAAUAAGGAAGCCAUUUGCUUCAGUCACCAUGGGCGAGGAACCGUUUAACUUUUUACGUGCAUUAUGUGAUGGUGUUAUAGCCGGAGCAACUGCUGGUGGUGUUGUUGAAACAGUUCUAUAUCCAAUAGAUACAAUAAAAACCCGGCUUCAGGCUGCUCAUGGUGGGAGCAAAAUUUAUUGGAGAGGCCUGUAUUCUGGAUUGGCUGGCAACCUUGCUGGGGUCUUGCCGGCCUCUGCUAUAUUUGUGGGUAUAUAUGAACCUACCAAACAAAAAUUAUUGAGGGUGUUUCCAGAGAAUCUCAGCGCUUUUGCUCAUUUGACUGCAGGUGCUAUUGGAGGAGCUGCUUCUUCUUUUAUUCGUGUCCCAACAGAGGUAGUUAAACAAAGGAUGCAGACUGGGCAAUUUACCUCUGCACCAAAUGCUGUUCGUCUUAUUGUUGCUAAAGAAGGGUUCAGAGGUCUUUAUGCUGGAUAUAGUUCUUUUCUGUUACGGGAUCUACCGUUUGAUGCAAUACAAUUUUGUAUAUAUGAGCAGAUUCGAAUUGGAUAUAAGAUUGCGGCAAGGAGGGAGUUAAAUGAUCCAGAGAAUGCUAUAAUUGGUGCUUUUGCUGGUGCAAUAACUGGAGCGAUAACUACACCACUUGAUGUCAUGAAGACGAGAUUAAUGGUUCAGGGCUCAGCAAACCAGUACAAGGGGCUACUUAAUUGUGCUCAGACGAUUUUGAGAGAAGAAGGUCCAGCUGCUUUCUUAAAGGGUAUCGGACCAAGAGUGCUAUGGAUUGGUAUUGGCGGUUCGAUCUUCUUCGGCGUUCUAGAACGGACAAAACUAUUGCUUUCCCAGAGGCAUUUUGAUCAGGGUCAGAAAUCUUAGUCUACCGUAGAACAGUGCUGCCAAGGGAAAGUUAUUUCCUGAAGAACAGUGAAUAUAAAUUUUCUUCCCUUGGAAAUGAACAGUCUUGCUCGUUGCCCGAACUUUUUAUCUGAUCAGGUGGUGUUUGUUGAGGUUUUACUUAUCAAUAUUCUUUUGUUUAACACUUUUGGCACCCUUAUCAUGCACAUCAAAAUCAAAAUUCACAGCCUUUGCAGUGACAUUCGCCAACGCCAAAACUCGAUCAUGUGCUGAUUGACCCAAGACAGCAGUCCUUUGCAAAGGAUGUGCCAAAGAAAGAGUUUAGAUCGAAGAUUUAAUUGAUUUUGCUUUCUUAAUUAUGUGCUAAAACUCAUUGUUGAUGGAUCUUUUGGAUGCAUUUGUGUCCAAAGUAGGGUCAGUUACGUGUGUACUCUUGUCUGGACUCAUUCAUGUCAUAUCUCUUUUGGAUGUUCA